AUGGCUACUUGCGCCCUGUCAUACAUGAUCGCUGCUGUGCCAGCCACUCCUAUUCCCGAGGCCCGCCCUCUCGGCGUGAACAUCCCUCUCCACAAGCGUGGCUCGCUCACCACUCCCCACGGUGUCUUCGACCAUGCGAUGGCCGUCAAGCACGGCGCAAGGAUCGCAAACAAGUACCGCAGGAACCUGAUCAACAUCAAGGCGAACACUGGUCACCUUCCCGAUGGCGUCGAGUCGAUCCCAGAUCCAAAGUCGCUCCCCAUCCCCUCAAACGCGCCGGCGUACGCCCCGACCACGUUCCUAAUCGAUUUCGACACCGGCUCGUCGGACCUCUGGGUUCCGUCUUCUGCAUGCACCUCCUGCGGUUCCCACAAGAAGUACAACCCCGCAAGAUCCUCCACAAGCUCGAAGAAGAGCGGCACCUUCGAGAUCGGGUACGGCGACGGCUCCUCUGCGUCCGGCCCCAUUUACACCGACACCGUGACCGUAGGCGGCAUUAAGGCGACCGGCCAGUACUUCUCCGCUGUCACCACGGAGUCGUCUGAGUUCACAAGUGACGUCGUCGACGGCCUCAUGGGUCUUGCCUUCCCGCAGCUGUCCAAUCUUAAGCAUAAACCGUUCUUCAACACCGCGUUCUCCCAGGGCACCGCCAAGCAGAACGUCUUCGGCUUCAAGCUCGCCACGACCGGCUCCGAGCUCUACCUCGGCGGCACCAACUCCGCGCUCUACACCGGCGCGCUCGAGUACCACCCCGUCUCGCCCUCGUCCCUCGGCUUCUGGCAGAUCACUGGCGCGAGCGCGUUCGCGAACGGCGCGCGCGUCGCCUCCGGCUUCCAGACCGUCAUCGACUCGGGCACGACGAUCAUGUACGGCCCCCCGGCCGCCGUCAAGGCGUUCUACGCUGCCGUCCCGGGAGCGAAGGUCUUCGACGCCGCGAACGGGCUCUACCAGUACCCGUGCGCGCGCGCGCCGAGCGUGGCGUUCAGCUGGGGCCCCACCGGGAAGGCGUGGGCGGUCUCGAAAAACAACUUCAACCUGGGAGACUUUGGGCUGGGCGCGAACGUGUGGCUUCUGGGGGACAGCUUCAUGAAGAACGUGUACACCGCGUUUUCGUUCGCUCAGAACUCCGUUGGGUUCGCUAAGCUGAAGUGA